GUUACAAUUAAUCGUUCCCCUAAAAAAUACUAAUCUAGUUUAACCUAUGCCAGUUCCCGCUCCUUUCUUUUACUUUCCCGCCAUCAUUUCCCCAUCUAUCCCGCCAGAUUUCGCUCUCUCUCGAAAAUCCGCCGCUUCCCUUCCAUACAACCACUUGUUCUCCCUUUCACGCGCGCGCAAAUGUUCUCAGGCACAGCCAUGGAGCAAGCUCCAGAGCUCAUCUCCAAGAAACGGAACAGGUCAUCCUCCGCAUACCAUCCUUUCGUGGGAAUCCUCACCCGCAGCAAAUCCCAGGUCUAUCUUCACUGCAACCGCUCUGGUCGAGCCCGCUCUGAUUCAUUUCGCCACAUCAAACACCAUGAUAAUCUCAGGUCAAGGCCCAUUGGGUUCUUGUCGAAGACCCAAAUAAAAUCCCACAAUAGGAUGUCCAGACGAAAAUCAGAAAGUAUGUUGACCCAUAAUUCUGCUGAUAAAGAUGACUGGUCUGGCAUGAUCAUCAAAGAUCUCCGCACGAGACGGGUUUUCUCUUUGGCAUCAGUGGCUAAUGAUUGUGGGUUAUGCAUUGAUGUUGAGGAGAAAAAGGCAUCUGAGAAAGGGAGUGGAGGAUUUGAAGAAGCUGGGUUUUUUUCUGAUUCCAAGAAUUUGGAAGUCAUGAAGUCUGAUUCCUUCAUUGAUACACAAGAUGUUGAUGGGGAUUAUUUUGAUAGCGCAAAAGAGGGAGAAGGCAAAGAUAGCAUGAAAUCUAAUGUGGGAUAUUCUAGCAAAGAGCAGAACAGUGCUAAUUUGCCUGUGACUGAAGGGAAUGCGAGAAGUGCUGAAGAUGGUGAGAUUUCAAGCGAGGUUGGUGGUUUGGAUGAAGAAUGUUUACAGGCGACACCGCCGGACGCUGAGAUUCUUGAUAGAGAGAAUGUUUCUUGGAAGCUGUCAACUGAAAAUCUUCAGAAGAGAGUGGAUCUUCAAGAGAACAUGGACAUGAAAAAUGUCAAUAAUUCAGAAGGCAAAUCAGUUCUUACCCCACGGUCUAGAGUUAAAGUUUUCAGAGCUCCAGGCUCAUUCAGCUAUAGAAGAUUGCUUCCUUAUUUGAUGGAUAUGGUCCAAGACAAUUCUUUAUCCAUAGGUGCUCCCAGAAACGGUAAAUCAAUUGAUAAAUUUAAGAUUGAGAGUCCUUCCAUGGAGUUUCAAGCUGGUGAUUCUUUGUCACAGAGUGUGCCAAAUUUUGAGGAUGGCUUAUCUGAUGGUACUGAUUCUAAUUUAACAUCUAGUGAACGCAUCCCUGACUCGACAAUGUUAAUUGGUUCACAAAAGGAUUCUUGCACAAGAGUUUAUUCUCCCACCUCAUUGAUUCAUGAGUGUUGUUCAAAACCACCUGCCAAUGAAGUAAAUGAGAAAACUAAUAUAGGGGUUUCUUGGAAAAAUGGGAACAUAGAAAGCUCGAACCAUGACUGCUCUUCAAGGGUGGACAAUUCUCCCAUCAAUGGAUCUUCCAAUGAUACAAAACCUACGGACAGGGGAGAUAAUAGAGGAAUUAUGAGUAAGUCUCCUUGCAAUUCCCAAGAUUCUAAAGAAACAAGGUGUGAUUUAUCUUUGAAGGCAGAGAAGCAUCAACUACGUGAAGGUGACGAGAUUGAGCAACACUGUUACAAUAUGAAGCAGACUGAGAGUGUGGAAAUAAAAGAGUUUGAUGUGAGGAUUCCUUACGAAACUAUUGAUCGGAAUCAUACAAGCUCCAAUGCGUCUAAUGCAGAAGGACACAGCUGUAUUGCAAAGAAGGAAGGCAAUGAUAAUGAUGUUCUAGAUAAAAUUAAUGAUCCAAACGAAGAAUCCAUCCAGAAUACGCCACCAGAUGCUGACAUCUUUGCAAAAUCAUUGGCAUAUCAGAACGUGGAGAACAGAAUCAAAUUUGUUUCACAGAGAACUGGUCAAGUUCUCAGGAAGCCAUUGAAUGGAGUUACUCAAAAAAACAGUUGCUAUUCUAGUGAUAAAAGAAUGGGUUCAAAUUCUAAAAGCAAAUUGGGUUUAAAUCCUUGCUCACGACUGAAGCUUUUUAAGACAAGAAGCUCCUUGGGCUAUAGAAGAUUGCUUCCAUAUCUGAUGGAUGUUACUAAAGAUAAUUCUGGUGAUUCUGGAAAUGGGCAUUGCCCAAAACUUGAGAAGAACUUGGAAGAAAAUCCACUCUCACAAUUACCAAUGUCUGACCUUGAUGAAACUCCAGUGAAGAAAUUAAAUGACAGAGAUUAUGGUAUGGAGUGUGAUACUGAUCCAUGCAAUAUGAAAAUAGCUGACCACAGCAGUGAAACUCCUGUGCCAACUGUUUCACAAGAACAAGAAUUGCAAGUUGUUGAGAUGAUAUCAGAUCUUAAAGAUGGGCAGUCAGAUGCUGUUCCUGCCAUUGGGAGUUUGGUUCAUGGAAGCAGUUCAGUCACUAUGUCAUUAUGUUCUUCAAUUGUUAGUCCUAGAUCUUUCUCUGGAGAUUAUCUCAACUUAGUUUCACAUGAAUUAUCUGCUGAUAAUGAAGAGGGCUGCAGAACAUCAGUAGUAAAACUUAAUAAUAGUGCAAAGCAAGUUGAUACAGGCAGCUUGUCUCAAAACUCAUCGAUGCUUGAAGUCUUCUGCAAUCCUUUAGGAAUUCCUGCACAAGAUUCCAGGAAGGGAAUUCUUAAAAAAAAUCCAAGGGGAUGCAGAGGACCUUGCACUUGUUUAAACUGUGCUUCCUUUCGCCUCCAUGCAGAGAGGGCAUUCGAGUUCUCCAAAAAUCAGAUGCAGGAUGCUGAAGAAGUGGUCCUAGAUUUGAUAAAGGAACUAUCUCACCUACGGAAUAUGCUUGAGAAAGCUGCAUUUGGUUUUAAUGAUAAUCAUUUUAUUUGCAUCAAUCAGGUGAAAAAGGCUUGCAGGGAAGCAUCUGAAGCAGAAGAACUAGCAAAAAGCCGGCUUAGCCAAAUGAAUUAUGAUGUCAAUGUUCACAGCAGAAUAACAUGUGAGCAGAGACCGAGGGUGAGGUUUUCGAAUAAUGUUGAAGAAAGAAUAAUUUCACAGGUGAAUUCAGACAGAGUUAAAAAUUAUGAGAGCACAGCAGCGGAUGAAGUUGUAUGAAUAUUUGGCCUUGAAGACCCAUCAGGAUAAAACCAGCAUACACAAGUCAUGAAUGUUUGUGGGUUUUUUU